CGAGACGCGCCCCGGUUCGGACGCGCUUUUUUGCCGGAGGAGGACGGGACUGCAGCUACCAACUCGAAGAUCCGAUCUUCAGAUAUACAGUUUGGCGAAACCUCUUCAGAGAUCGCGUGAGGUCCCGAAACUUGAUAGACAUUGUGUUGGCGGGAUUUUUUUUUGAGCAACCAGUUUUAUUUGGUGUGGUCAAGUCGCGACUUUGAAUUAUCUAGUUGCCAAACAGAGGAAAUCUUUCCACGAGUGAUUAACUGAAGAUUAGCAGUAGUUGGUAGUAACAGCAGGUUGAACCGUGGUGCGUGAACUGUUCAAGCAAAGUGCGUAGAUUUGGACCAAAAGAACUGCUACAAGUGCGUUACAGAUUUAUCGUGGGGGCAAACAACGAAUUCAUUCAAGUUUUUUCUUGUGUUCCGUUGAACCGGCUUGUCUACCUUCUACCAGUGCAACGUGAGAGAUUAAGUUGUGCUGCGUCAAGUGGGUUGUAGUGACCGGCCAGCGUCAAGUCAAGUGGACCCAGGAAUCCCGGCCAUCCGAAGCACAGUAGAAUCACGAUUUCAAGAGUUCGGUGAAGAUGCGGAUAAUUAGUUAUCCAUAUGACUAAGAACAGAUUGCAGUUCAAGAGUGUGGCACGCGACCCUCGUGAGGAGUCGCCGGGGUUCAGUGGUAGUUUCAGGCAGGCAGCGUGUCGAGGGAAUCUGGAUUCCCAGAAGAACCAAGUGGACUCGAGAACAUCAGUGAAUUAUUUUUUGAGCGAAAGAGCGUGUUAAACAUCUGUGAUCGGGUGCCGAUCAAGUGGGGUGUCAGAAGCAUAUCUAACCUCACGAUGGUGAAACUCAGCUGUCUGAUAGUUUUUCUCGCGCUCAGCCUGGACGUCUCGCACAGUUGGAAGUUUGACAGACUGCCCAGACUGUAUGGAGACAAGCUGCCGACGAAAGUGAUAUCACCGCGGACGCGCAAAGUUCAGCGCCGGAUCGUCGUGCUGCAUGACUUUUUCCGCACCAAAGUGGUCCCACCGGCUGCCAACAUGCUUAGUAUGAAGUGGCACCACGGAGCGGCCAGGUCGGCGCAAAAGUGGGCGGACCAGUGUCGACUGUUGACCCACGACAGCCCGAAGGGACGCUGGAUCGACAACUAUGGCGCUUGCGGGCAGAACAUCUUCGUCUCGACCCAUAAGGUGCCCUGGUUAUUCGCGUUGCGCACGUGGUUCCUGGAGCGGCAGAACUUCACCUACGCGUCGCCCAAGAACGACCUGGUGGCGGUGGGCCACUACACCCAGAUGGUCUGGGCUGCAACGCACAAGGUGGGCUGCGGGCUGGCCAAGUGUGCCCGCGGUGGCCCCCGGGGCAAGCCGUACUUUAACUACGUGUGCAACUACUGCCCGAUUGGAAAUCACGAGGAUAAACUUGGCCUACCAUAUCGACGGGGCAAACCGUGCAGUUCGUGUCACCAGCAUUGCCAUUCGAAGAAAAUAAAAUUGUGCACGAACACCUGCAGCUCGGCCGACCUGUGGGCCAACUGCAAGGAGCUUUACAAGACGUGGCCCGGCUGGCUGUGCAAUACGGUCACACCGGAGGGCCUCGAGCGGCAGCGGAACUGUCUGGCCACCUGUACCUGCCAUGGCAAGAUCCACGACUGAAGAUUCUCGAAACCGGAAGCGUGUGUUGUGCCAUAUGAUUUGUUUGUUUGAUGUACUUUAAGUGUCGAAGGAUUUAGCUCGUAAGAUAUUAGUCAUACCGUGGAAGAUU